AUGGCCAAAAAGCACAUGAAAAGAUACUCAACAUCACUAAUUAUUGUUGUUUGGUUGCUAAGUCAUGUCCAACUCUUCUGUGGCCCUAAGGACUGUAGCCCUCCAGGUUCCUUUGUCCAUGGGAUUUUCCAGCAAAAAUAUUGGAGUAGGUUGCCAUUUCCUUCUCCAGGGGAUCUUCCUGACCCAGGGAUCGAACCCAGGUCUGCUGCAUUGCAGGCAGAUUCUUUACCAUUUGAGCUAAUUAUUAGAGAAAAUAAUAAUCAAAACUACUUUGAGGUACCACUUCACACUGAUCAGAAGGGCCAUAAUUAA